ACUGGGAUCUACCCAUAAUGCCUUGCUAAAAAAUCCAUAUAAACACAAAAGUAAAUUAAUCAGUCUGGAGAACUAAUCAGAUAAAGAUAGUACCUUCCCACCAAUAACCAGUUCAAUUUAGCUAGACUAUGGAGAUAGCUUUACCUAUCUCCAAUCCAGCUUCUCCGAGCGCCCAUUCACGGACCAGCGAGAAGGUUCUGCGGUCUGUAGUUAAGCUGUUUGUACAGCUCUCAACUCCAAAUUACAGCAUGCCGUGGCAAAUGAAGCGACAGCAGCAAGUGUUUGGAUCUGGGUUUGUGAUUGAAGGGCGGCGCAUACUUACAAACGGACAUGUUGUAGCAUAUCAAAAGUCGGUGCGAGUACGCAAGCAUGGUGAUGCUAAAAAGUAUAAUGCUCAUGUGAUUCAUGUUGGACAUGAGUGUGAUAUUGCAAUGCUUGGUGUUGAAGAUGAAAAGUUCUGGGAGGAUCUUUACCCACUUUCAUUUGGUGUUGUCCCAGAGUUGGAAGAAGAUGUUGUGUGUGUUGGCUUCCCCACAGGUGGAGAUAACAUUAGCGUCACUAGGGGUGUGGUCUCACGGGUGGAGAUACAGAGAUACGCUCACUCCUCAGUACAACUAUUAGCCAUACAGAUUGAUGCAGCUAUUAAUAGUGGCAACAGUGGAGGCCCCGCCUUGCAGGAUGACAAAGUCAUUGGCAUCGCAUUUGAGACAUUAGAUAAUGCUGAGAACAUAGGCUACAUUAUACCUGUGACGAUCAUUCAACACUUCCUUGAGGACAUCAAGAGGAAUCAGACAUACUACGGGUUCUGCAGGCUUGGCAUCAAAUGGCAGCCGAUUGAGAGCGAUCACAUGCGCUCGUACUUCAAGCUGACCGCUGAACAGACCGGCGUUCUCAUUACCAAAGUGUUGUCCUUGUUCAGCUGUAGCGGCAAGCUCAAGAGAGGAGAUGUCCUUAUAGCCAUUGAUGGCGAACAGAUAGCUGAUAAUGGAACGGUGCAUUUUCGCGGGAACGAGCGUAUCUUGUUUGACUACGCUUUAUCCCAUAAGUAUGUGAACGACGUGUGCAAAUUGAGGAUCAUGAGGCAAGGCCUGGAAAUGGAGGUAGAUGUCUGCCUGGACAAAGUCAAACAUCUGGUACCGACACAGCUAUACGACAAGAGACCCAGCUAUCUCGUGUACGCCGGGCUAGUGUUUGUGGCUCUGUCCCAGCCCUACAUGCAGCAUCAGUACGGGAAGGACUGGGCACGAAAAGCUCCUAUCAGGCUUUGCGACCGCGCUCUGUACGGUAUUCUAGAGAACCCAGACCAGGAAGUGAUUCUAUUAAGCCAGGUCCUCGCAUCCGAGCUCACCACAGGUUACGAGAACAUCGCUAAUCUUCAGCUCUUUAAGGUGAAUGGGACCCCUGUGUUAAAUCUAAAGCAUCUUGCGAAAGUGCUUGUCGAGAUCACCCAUCCCUUUGAAACCACAGGCGACCCGACCGUUAUAACACACGCGGGCCGAAAUCCUAGUAGUGUGGAAACAAGACAAGCAACAAGGACUGACAUAGCUAGUGGUAGUGAGGGGGUAGUGAGUAACAGACAAAAUUACACAAGCUUUGCGUCGAUUGAGGACGAAGUGCGUGACGUUACUAAAAGUGAGGCUAGCGUGAUGUGCGAGUCACGCACUAUGUCCUUUGAGAGGGAAGGCACCGAGAAUAGAGCGACUUCUCGCGCAGACCACCAGAGGGAUAUUGAACGGUCCGCGCCCUCAUCAUUCGGCUCCAAUAGCAAGACGUCAUUGAAUAGCACAUUCUCCGGGCUUGACGAAGACCCCACCCUGAUCUCUCGUGAAGAUUAUGUACAUUUUGAGCUUGAUAAGGACAAGAUAAUAGUGCUACACAUUCCGAGCGCGGCUAAGCAUUCACCGGAGAUACUGCGACAGUACGCGAUAGGCCAGCCAUGCUCUGACGACCUGCUGUAGUCUGCACUAGUCACCUAGGAUUUAGGC